GCUAAGUCAUCAUAGACAAUUAAGGAUUUUUUGUUAAAAAAAAAUAGAAAAAAAAUUGUAAUUCUUUGGAUGCAUUCGGGGAAACGCUAUUAGCACUAUUUGUGUCAUUCUAUCUUCAUCAUUCAUUAGAUAUGCAACAAGGCUAGAAUGAUACAAAUAGUGUCUCCCCGAAUGCAUCCUUGGACAUAGAUAUACUUGGAAACAAGGUGCACACGUCUCGCUAUAGAUCUAAAAAUCAUGUGCUAAUUUUUAUCUGAUUUUUUUUUCGUUCGAUCACAUGAUAACUGUGAAUCGUGUGGUUUCCACCAGCUGUUAUACAUCUUCAGAGGAACCGAAGGAUGUUGGGUUAGUGUCGGUACCCAACGAGCUCUUGGUAAUGCAGAAAGCGUGUCACUGCAACAAAUCCGUACUCACGGCAUUACGUGUCCCGAGAAAUGCGAGAGUAGUCAAGUUUUCGUCAAGGACCACCACACACACUGUAUAGAUACUUGCCGUCCUGUUACUAUGUGCGGUGAAGUACGCGUCCCGGAAGACCAUCUUGACGUUUGCAGAACGUGUAAUGCGACGGGACAUAAUUGUGGAAUAGCUAAAGGAAGUAAAGCUGGUCCGGGAAUCGAUGGUGCCGAUUUUGUCUUUUAUGUAUCCGCCAUGCAAACUGAAAGAUGUCACAAGGGCUUAACAGUAGCCUAUGCUGCUCAUUGUCAACAGGAAGCAGCCUUGGAUCGGCCGAUAGCUGGUCAUGCCAAUCUAUGCCCGGGAAGCAUCAGCACGAAACCACAGGAGUUGGAAACGUUGCUCAGCACCGUUAAACACGAGAUCCUGCACGCUUUAGGAUUUUCUGUGAGCUUAUACGCUUUCUAUAGAGACGAGAAUGGUGAGCCCAGGACGCCUAGAAGAAGCGAUACUGGAAAACCACCCCUUAAUGAAAAGUUACAAACGCACCAGUGGAGCGAGAACACGAUCAAAACCGUGGUCAGGCAUCACUGGGAAGUGUAUGGCGGUUACGUGGAGAGGACCAUGCGAAUGAUAGUCACGCCUCGGGUCCGCGCCGAGGUUCAAGCGCACUUCAAUUGCUCGGAACUCGAGGGCGCAGAAUUGGAAGACCAGGGUGAGGAUGGCACAGCUCUAACACAUUGGGAGAAACGUGUAUUCGAGAAUGAAGCCAUGACAGGGACACACACGCAAAAUCCAGUUUACUCGAGAAUAACGCUCGCUCUUAUGGAAGAUACCGGUUGGUAUAGCGCCAACUAUUCGAUGGCGCAAGAGCUAGGCUGGGGGAAAAAUCUGGGAUGCAAUUUCGCUAUGAAAUCCUGCAAGGAAUGGAUAUCUACACAUCAGCCGUUACCAGGAAAAUCGAUACAUCCUUUUUGCAACAAAGUGAAACAGGAUCCGUUGCAGACCGAAUGCACGGACGAUCGGAGAUCAGUGGCCUUGUGUAAUCUGGUGAAAUAUUUGCAGCCACUACCCAAGAAAUACCAAAACUUCGAUUCAAUUCCCCACGUACCAUCGGGAGAGGAACAAUACUACGGCGGUUCGGUAUCUCUGGCGGAUUACUGUCCUUACAUACAGGAAUUCACGUGGAGAGCGCGGAAUAUAGUAGUCAGAGGUUCUCAUUGUCUUUACGAAGAGAAUAAUCCGCACCCAGACAAGAAUUUCGCAUUAGAAAAAUAUGGUCCUAAUUCGAGAUGUUUUGACCAUACUAAUGACAUGUGGGAAGAGAGAACUUGCAAACAAGCACGUCAGUGGCAGCAUUGGGGCUCCGGUUGCUAUUUAUAUAAAUGCGAAGCUGGGAGACUACACAUUAUGGUCGGCAAUUAUACGUAUGCUUGUUAUCAUGCUGGACAAGAGAUUAUUAUAAGAAUUAUGCAGAAUGGCUGGUUGCAUAAAGGUGCUCUAAUUUGUCCACCCUGCCGAGAUAUUUGUGAGGCGGAAUUUAAAACACAAAAGGAGUGGUGUAAAUCUGUAGGAAAUGAACGUCCACCUUCAUAUUAUCACAAAGACUAUCUUCACUGUGCAUCCGCAGAUAGUUUUAGUUUAAGUAUAUCAACGUUUAUUAUUGCAAUGUUAUCCUUCGUCGCUAGAUGAUAC